GUAAAAUUGUGUUAUUUAAUACGUCAUACAAGAACAUCCACUUAUUUUGCUGUACUUAAAAUAGUGAAUAGCUUAUUUUGAAGCGUACAACAAUUGCUGUUAAACAAAAAUGCUCUUAACUCGGUGUUGCUAUUUGUCGAUCGUGUUUUGUUUUGUAUAUGGGUCCAGUGAAAGUAAAGAUGACCCUCAUUCAAAUUUUCCCCAAAUGUACAAUCUGGAUAACGUGGAAUGCGGAAACAAUACUGAAACAUUUUGCGAAAUAGGAUUCACCGUGGUUCCAAAACAAUCAAAUUCGAAGCUAUGGGAAAAAAUUUCGGAGACCCAGAACCACAACUUUAAGUUUAGAAAGGAUAGAAUUUAUCGCAGCAUGUGUGUCCCAAGAAAGCAAGAAAAUAAUCUGAACAAUUACGUGAAAGAAAAAUUAUACACGGAAAUAAAAAACAAAACUUUUAAAGUUAUAGAGGUGGAUCUAUUUAAUUGUAAAGGAGAUUAUCCGUACUUACCCGAAGAUUAUUUUUUGCUGUACUGUAUAGCUGGAUAUGUAACUUUCGUUUUAUUAGCAACCUAUUAUGAUUAUUCUGUGAGGAAAGGAGACUACACGCUAGCUUCUGUAGGGUGGAAUAAAUAUAUCGUGGCCUUCUCUUUAAUUACGAGCAACAAAAAGUUAAGAAAACCGAUAAAUAAUAAAUUUUACGAUCAACUGAAGUCAAUUCAAGGAAUAAGGACCUAUAAUAUGAUGCUUGUGAUUUCUGGACAUUCCAUCAUGAACUACAUGACUGUUAUGGUUUCAAAUCCAGAGUUUUUGGAAAAAAUAUUCGAAUUAGCCAGUCCAUUUUUCACAUGGGGAAUGUUCUUGGUGCAACCGUUCUUUUUGUUCUCAGGAUGGCUGAUAAUGUUCUAUUUCCUUGAAAAUGAAGGAAAACUUAAAUUACAUCAUUUUGUCAUGGCGUUUGUGUAUCGUUUAUUAAGGUUAUGGCCGCCACUGGCGUUUUCGAUUCUACUCCAUCGAAGUCGACUUUUGCUCAAUCGAUUCUCGGGAGCCCAAACGUUUUUGAUGGAGUUGGAUUACAAGGCUUGUUCUGGAAGUUGGUGGAAUACAUUUUUUUUCAUGACCAACUAUCAACAACCACAAAAAAUGUGUAACAUUAUCUCUUGGUAUUUAGGAGCAGACACACAAAACUUCUUAGCUGCCUUAAUUGUUUUGUAUGUAAUAUUUAAAUUUAAAUUGCCUGUAUUACGAAGCCUAGUUUUUACAGUUGUUGUAUGUAUUAUUACACAAAUGUGGAUUAUGUACCUUUAUGAUUUAGACGUUAUCUACAGGGUGACACCAGAAAAUUUUCUGCUCUACAAUAUAUUGGUACGAGAUCGAAAAAGCCUAUUUUUAUGGUACUUAUCCCCAUUAUCGAACACGCCAAGUUUUUUCCUGGGACUUAUCUUCGCAACAAUCUACUAUCGCUACAACAACGCAAAAAUAUUUCAAAAACAGAUUGUAAAAUUGCUUUGGUUCGUGUGUUUCGCUGGUAUACCCCUAUUAAGUAUAUUCUUGUCAAUAUACCACUAUGAUAAAUUUACAACAGUUUUUUUGGGCAGUAUAUUGAAACCUAUGUAUAGUUUGGGAAUCGCCAUAGGAGUUUUGGGAAUGACUCAAGGAAUAGGAGGUUUCAUCAAAAAAAUCUGCGAGUUCAGAGUUCUUCAAAUACUAGCGCAAACAACUUAUACUGUCUAUUUGUUUCAUUUGGUGCUAGUUUUCGACGUCCUCUUAAACUCAACAUCGUUGGUUAACGUCACAGUAUCAAAGAUAGUUUACCUAUGUGCUGUUAAUGUUGUAAGAUGUUUUAUUCUUGGAUUCGUCCUUUGUCAUUUCGUAGAACUACCAUGGAAUAAUAUCCUCUCGAUAUUUAUGAAGCCGUCCAGUGAUAGAAAAAAUAAAUAAAUAAUGUAUUUGUUUGGUGAUAAUAAAGUUUUGUUGACG